CUCGGACCACCACCGCCUGUUGACAAAAACAUUCACCAACAAAUCAGGCACCGACUGAUCGCUCGUUUUCCGAAGGGCCUCAUCUCAGCUCCCUCUUGCUUGAAGAACUGAACAGCAUAUUUAUACAUACCACAUUCCAUCUUAUCGACGACAAUCACUACCCUGCGCAUCGCAUCAGGCACCGAUAAGCCAAACUAUCUACUAUCACAACCACAACCACAACCACGACAACAACCACCAGCAACCAUGUCAUUCGAUCAGCUCUCCUCCCUUGAGGCGGGGCGCCGUCGCAAUACCGGUGGCAGCCAGUAUACCGAUGACCCCGAGUUCCAGCGUCUCUCCCAAGAUUUGAUGAAUAAGCUCUUCAAGCUUAACGGCAACAACCAGCGACUCCAAGGCGAGGUCGGCCAUCUCGGCACGCGGCGCGAUACUCCACGGGUUCGGGAACGAGUCCACGAGCUGAUUGAGGAGUCGCGCGAUCUAUUCAAGGAAGUCGGCGGGGGCGUCAAGAAGGUGCAAACCUGGGAAGAUGUCACUCCCACCCAAAAAUACAUGCAACAAAAACUCUCGCGCGAAUUUCAAUCUUCCCUCUCCGAAUUCCAAUCCCUCCAACGCACCGCCCUCGACAAGCAAAAAGCCUCAGUAACCGCCGCCCGCUCCGUGAUCGACGCCACCGACCCUUCGCACUCUUCGCACCCCGUGCUCGAGUCCGGGGAACCCCAGCUGCUGCAGUAUCAGGAGCAAGAACUCACCCACCUCGCGUCGCAAUCCGAUGUCGAUUUCCAGGAUGCGCUCAUCCUCGAGCGCGAAGAGGAGAUUCGCAAUAUCGAGCAGGGUGUUGGCGACUUGAAUGUGCUGUUCCAGCAAGUGGCUCAGAUCGUCAGCGAGCAGGGCGAGAUGCUGGAUACGAUUGCGAAUAAUGUGGAGAAUGUGAGGGAUGAUACGGCGGGGGCGGAUAGGGAGUUGAGGAGUGCGGCGAGGUAUCAGAAGAAUGCGAGGGGCAAGGCGUGCUGUUUGUUGCUGAUUUUGAGCGUUAUCUUGACGAUUGUUUUGUUGGCGGUGUUCUUGGGCUAAAUGGGUGGGACAUGAUAUGGCAUGGUACGAAAAACGAGUGCAGGAUGCGGAAAGACGGGACACAGUAAGGAUAUGAUUGUUGAUGACGUUUUGAUGAUGAAACGGAAGGGAAUGGCUCGGAGGACAGGGUAAUCCUGUAAUGGUUGGUUUUGUUGUUUCUGUUGCUGCCGUUGUUGUUGAUUUCGUUAUUGCAAAGACGCCUGGAGGGGAUCAAAGACAGGGGAAAGGCGUUUUCGGAGUUCUUACAUUCUUUUUGCUCUUAUUGGUUAUACAGUUUCCAUCUGGUCUCUCUAGGCGGCCAGUCUAUCUAUCAUCCAUCCAUAGGUAUCUUAUGUCUCAUACAUCUACAUACAUACAGUACAAAAUCUGUUAUACUCCAUCCUGUGAUUUGGCCCGCAAGAUUGCCUUCUGUACGGCCGUGGGAUUCGGCUCCCAAUCCAGCCCCGGCAGCUUCGGUCUCACAUACGGAUCAUCUCCCCUCCCCUUGGCCGGUCCCAGAUACGGCGGCAACGGCAUCUUGGCCGCUACCACGCUCGUGAUCGCGUUGCUCGUCAGACUCGUUGUGAUCCAGUACAGGUGCAGCGCCGCCGGCAAGUUGAUGGUGGCGGGCCCAACGAUCAGCGUCAGCAGCAGCAGCGCCCGCUGCAUCCUAAGUCCUACGAAUUUUUGCUGCUUGAUCUUGGAUGCGUGCUCGCCAAUGUUGUUUGGGUUGACGUCCUCCGUCCCGGGGUUCAGGAGACGCAACCACC